AGUGUGUCCCAUUCGGGAGCCCGCCCACGAACUCAUCCCUACUAAAUCCGUUGAUUAAUCUCCACACGAACUCUUACCGUGUAUAGUCGCCUGGUACCUCUGCUAUCGUUUAUCCGGAAAGUUAUCCGUAUUUAUCCGGGUUUUAUCCGUCCUAACUCUCAAAUGGAGUGCCAAAUAUUUAUAUGGUUCUUUUUCGCAACGUUUGGAAUCACAAAUUGUUAUUCGAAUAAUAACUACUAUUUUGAAAACCACAAGUAUUGUGAUGAUUUGUCCCCUUACUAUGGUGAAAUAAAUUUGGAUCAAAUAUCCGGGGUUUGGUAUGGGGUAGAAAAAAUACCACACACAAAGGGCGAAUAUAGAGUCGAACAUACAAAUGAAUGUUUCUACAUUGAUAUAAAGGAACUCUAUAUACAGCCCACGCCACCAACACCAUAUCCACCGUUGACUAAUUCGCCGUACGUGAACCGUGCUUACGGUUAUCAGGAACAAUUCAGAAUCAGACACUUCGUUCUAGAAUGGCACGAGGGAAUGUGGCAAGACGACUACCAUGUCAAAGUCAACACCUCUCACAAAGGAUUCUGGCCGACGGAUGUUCCUAAUGGAUCUGUUGACAAGAUGUAUCGGUUCUUCGGCGGAGUGAUUCAAGUAUUGAGGGUGUCCCACAGCUACUUGGUUCUCAACUUCUGCAUGCGUCUCCCACACUCCCAGCUGUACAGCGUGGUGCUCUCCAGAAACGAAAACCAGUUAACACCUCAAGAUCUUGCCAGCAUUCACAACAUAUUUUCAAUCAAAAAUCUAUCCACAUCCGCCCUUAAACGUGUCUGUGAAAACUCUGCUGUUGCUUCAAAACUAUCUAUUUCACUAUUAAUUUUCGUAUCCGCCGUUUGGAAAAUAGCUGGAAAUUUAAGAAUUUAUCACUAGGUACAUUCGAUAGAAAUAUGAGGAUAAUAAACUUGUUAAUUUAGUUAGUUAAACCGCCGUAUUCGACCACAAAAGUGUUUGUCACCUAUUGUGAAAAUGUAUUAAAGCUAUUUUUGAUAACUGUACCUACGUCAUAUCAGUAUUUUUAUGUUUUUUAUGCGUAAAUGUUAGUUAAAUUCAGAUGAAGACUGGUGAAUUUUGAAUAAAUACUUGGUAUAUUAUAAUA